AAUACCCCUUAUUUGCAGUAAUUAGGUAGUAUUCAAUCCUCAGAGUGGCACCCAGUGAUUUGAAUGGGUUUCCUCUCUUACACUGGCACUCCCUAUCUUAUUUCUGAACCUCUGCUCAAUGCACAAGCACAGAACACAAAAUACAUUUCUCCUGCCAUAAAGACUUGGUUAGGAUAAUGUUUCUGCUUUACUUUUUACUCAGGACUCUGGGGGAUUUUGUGUAGUGCAACAUCUUCCCUCAGUGUCUCUAUUUCUGCCACACAGUUUGCAUAAUUCUGCUUUUGUUUAAUUCCUCUAAUCCUUUAAGUAAUGUAUUGCUGGAAAUCCCACAUGCUUUUUCUCUCAUGCUUUUGUUACGGAAGUGAGCUUCUUAAAGAAAGGGCUUCAGGGAGUUCCCUGGCACUGAGCUGUUUUCAGCAGUGACUCCAGAGCAUUGUGCAGGGUUGUAGCCUCAGAGGAUGUGAGAAUACACUGAGCACUGCCCUGAGAGGGAUUUGGAAAACCUGUGCCUGUGGGGUUGUGGCUGGCUGUGGGUGCUCUCAGCAGGUGUCCCUCGGGAAGUUUGCUGUCAGCAUAAAGCUGGGAGGAGUAGCUGCUCCACAGAGGGCUGUGCUGCCAUUCCAUGAGACCUGGACAGGCUGGGCACAAAGAAGCUCCUGGAAUCCAGCAAUGGCCACUGGAGAUGUCAGCCAAGAAGCCUGUACCUUUCCUGCGACAAGUGGUCCCUGUUAGGAAGAAGGUCCAGAGAGACCCUCGAUUUGAUGACCUGUCUGGAGAGUAUAAGCCUGACAUAUUUAUGAAGACCUACAGCUUCCUGGACAGCAUCAAGCAGCAGGAGAAGGAGAUGGUUCAGAAGCAGCUGAAGAAAUGCCGGAAUGUGGAGCAGAAGGAGAAACUCCAGCGGCUCCUGAACCGUAUGACACAGCAGGAACAGGCACAGAAAAAGCAGCAGAAGUUGAGAGAGAGGGAGCUGUCUUUGAAAAGACAACAGAGGGAAUUGGCCAAGCAGGGAAAGAAACCUUUCUUCCUAAAGAAAUCUGAGAAGCGGAAAUUGGAGCUAGCUGAGAAGUAUGCAGAGCUGAAGAGGAGUGGAAAGCUGGAGAGCUUCCUGAACAAGAAGAGGAAGAGAAAUGCCAUCAAAGACAAGCGCCAUCUGCCCUCACAGAAGAACUUGUGACUGUUGGACAGUCGUGCUGUUGUCUGGCACUGGCUCAUUCUGCCUUGGCCAGGCCUGGAGGAUGGUUAUCCCUCUUCCCAGGACCUGCCUUCCAGUGUGCAGUGAUGCUGUAAGGCAGCAGAGCAGGGGCUGAACUGAAGGAACUACAUUUUUUUUGUAGCUGAAGUAUCUGCUUUGCUUGUGGUGUAGAUCAUGCCUGGGUGGUGACAAGUGUGUCAUGCAGAUGCUGAUGGUGAUGACAGCUGUCUUUGCCCUUGCACCUGCUCAUUUCCAACUCCAGCAAGGAAAGCCUGAGUCCUGCCCUGCGCUGCUGGCUCUACUCCAGGUUCUCUCAGACUUCCACUGAGGCAGAAAAGGAUGUGGGACAAUCCCUGCUCAGAGCAGCAACCCUGACUUCAGAUCAGGUUGCUCAGGGCUGCUUUGGUGGGAUCUGGUAAUGUCCAAGGACAGAUGCCCUCACCUCUCUUGGCCUCUGCUCUACUGCUUCAGGUUCUCAAGAUGGAACUUUUUGUUCCCUCAUCCAGGAACCUGUUUUUACUUUAUUCUCACUGUCAGUCUGUUCCAGUCAAAAGUGUUUGACUUUAGGGGAGUCAGUGCCUCUCUCCAAUAUCCCAACAGCCCUCUU